AUGGCAGAAACGGGCCCUUUCACGAGUAGUACGGCAUUUUGUACCAAGUGUGGCUCUAUUUUACCUUUACUACAAGAAUUUGGUUCUGUUAAGUGUUAUGCAUGUAAAGCUGUUUAUGAUCCUGAUAGUUUUGGUAACAUAAAGUUAAAUUAUACUAUACAUUUUAAUACCAUCUCAUCUCUAAAUAAUGAUAAUAUACUAAAUCUGGACAAUCCGGAAGGUCCAGUGGUAGAGCGAAAAUGUCCUAAAUGUGGUAAUGAUAGAAUGUCAUAUGCAACUUUACAAUUAAGAUCAGCAGAUGAAGGCCAAACAGUAUUUUACACAUGUGUUUCCUGCAAAUAUAAAGAAACAGAAAAUUCA